GCAUCCUCACAACUCGCUCGAUUUGAUCAGCUCAAGCCCUACCCCACAACAAUCCCCUUUUUGGCCUCGUUCUCCUCGCUCUCUGGGGUUCGUUAUGUCUAUAUACAUAUAUGUUUCGCCAUGCCCAAUGCCGAACGCCGCUUGACUGCAUUAUUGCCGCCGCCGCCGCUGCUGCCGCUCUUUGUACGCUCCUUGCUUCUGAUUUCUUUUGAUGCUCCAGUGGGGGCUGCUGAUGAGGGCAGCGGCCUUCCCCCCUCCUUGCCCAGGGACAAUGGCCAAAGCGCCACCACCACUGGGAUGUUUCUCGUGGCCCCCGCUUUGACCGCAGAGCCCCAGUUUCCCCUAAAGGUUCUGGUGAGAGACAUGGUGACACGUCAGCUUUUGCCAGGGGCCUCGGUGGGACUUUAUGUUAACCACAGCUUGAGCAGCUCCACCUGGACAGGGGAGAAAGGUGAGGCUCUGCUCUGGGUGCCGUACAUCCCCCUGCUAAGUCUGACCCUGGUGGCCACUAUGGAAGGUUAUGUCCCCAGCCCACUGCCUUGGAGCACUACCAAAAGACCCAUCUUCUCUGCUGUGACAUUGCUGCUGCUUCCUCAGAGGCAAGGCAACAUCUGGCUAUUUGAAGACUCUGUGGUCAUCACAGCCAAGUUACCAGACAGUGCCUCUCAACCAAAGAUAAAGAUUCCCAAGAAGCUGCUCAGACUACCCGACAAGAGCAAUGUGUCAUCAUUGACAGUUUACCUGACUGUACCACAAUUAGCGAAGAACUGUGUCAACUGCACCCCAGGCAUCAUUGUCAACACAACAGGUUUUAGAAGCACUGGGUUGAAGCCGGUAGCAGCAGUCAGUGUCCUGCUCUAUGCGGGAGGCGAGGAGCUCCAGGUUCGAGGGCCCAUCCAGUUCAGCAUGCCUCUGGGGAGAAGCACCCACCACCGCGUUUCUGACACCAUGCCAGCCUGGUCCUUCAACCUACAGACAGGUGCCUGGCAGAAUCAGGGUCUGGGAAUAGUGAAGACACUUGGUGAGGAGCUGGUUUGGACAUACACUGCUUCCCACCUGGGAUAUUGGAUCGCUGCCCCGAUGCCUUCAAAUGAUCAUGGAAGCUCCUUGGAUUUCCUUUCUUAUCACAACCUUCUCUUGGUGGGAAUACUGGCAGGAACUCUGGUGGUAGUAAUCGGAUUCCUGUCUUUGCUGUUGUGUCAGUGCAGAAGUUCCCACCGAGAACCCAGGGGGAGGCGAGCCCGUUUUUCCAAACUCACAGUGGUGAAAAAGGACCAAACCACUUCCAUGCACAUGGAGGGAGGUCUGCUCUUCCACUCAGGUGAGAAUAUCCUGGCCCCCUGUAAUGUUCAGUGUGACCCUUUGUCCACCCCAAGGCACAAAGCCAACUACAACAUCUAUGUGGAAGACCCAGCUAGUCAAGCGAAAGCUCCACUUUAUGAGAAUAUUUCGACUGAUCGUAUCAAAGUUCCCAAUGUACGUUCUCAUUACAUCAACAACGAGGAGGUAUCUCGACUUAUGGAGCAGAUGGAACUGAACCGCAGCAACAUAAAUUCUGACAGCUUCUUUCCAGACAAGCUGGUACAUAUCUACAACCAUCCAGUGGCCAUCAUUCAGGCACCAGAUAUGUUCAGCAAUCAAGAGCCACAAAAAGCUGGCUGCAAGUCUGCCACGUUCCCCCGCAAUGGAAAUGAUUUUGAUGCAGAAGCGCCAAAUAAAGACAGCUACGCCCAGACACUUGGCAAAGUGCAAAUCAGCCAGCAGCAAAGCCACCAAGAUGAACCCCAGCCUCUGGAGACUCCUCCCCCAAGCCAAGGGUCUCCUGCUGUAUGGGGCCGCUACAGUAACCUCCUUGAGUCCUCGGUUUCGGUGCCAGGUACCCUCAAUGAGGCAGCAGGGAUGGAAGGCUUCAGUGGUGCUCACGGCAUUUCAAGCGAGCUGCAAGGCAUCUCAGAGCGCACUCUGUUGGAGCUGACCAGGGGUAAGUCUUCAUCAUCCCACCCCAGGGCCUGGUUCGUCUCCCUGGAUGGGAAACCGGCAGCUCAGGUGCGCCACUCAAUCAUUGAGCUCCAGAGCCGCCACCGCCCUCCCAGCAGCAACGACACCAGCCUGGACUCUGGGGUGGACAUGAACGAGCCUCAGCAGAAUAUCCGUGAGGUGCGGCGGGAAAGGAUAUCAAUCAGGGCUUCUUCGCUUCAGCACCACAGCAGAAGCGCGAGGUAUGGUGAAGAGCAGGAUCUGAGCAGCAGCGAGAGUGGCACUACUACCACUGACACUCCAGAGGACCACUACCUCAGGAACAUUUUAGAUGGAAGCAGUGGGACUAUUCCCAACAUACCCGAGGAGCAAGAUGGGAUGGACACAUCCAGCACUCAGGAAGACAGUGAGUUCAGAGAGACACCCCCUCCACGUCGACUCAAGAAAGGGAAGGAGAAGGUGAAAUCAGAGAAAAGAAGUACCAAGCACGUUCGAGAGGGGCGACCUCUGACAAAGCGACGAUAGAUGAAGAGUUAUGUCGAAGCAGCCGUCCUUCAGCUUGAUUUUCCUCUCCCUGGCAAUGUUGUUGUCGAACUGUAUGAUUGUACAACUUUGCCAAAGAUUGCACAAAUGUUCUGUUGAAGUAUCAAAUACCUGCAAACACAAUUUUAAGAUCAACAGCGAGAUUCCUCCUGUGGACUUAAUGUCCCACAAUCCCUGCACUGAGGGUGCCUUCUUUCUGCCGUAAAAUGGAGUUAAUUCUGGUGAGUCUGUGGGACGGACACAACACAGAACAACAUACAGUAUGUAGUGCACUUAUCCUCACCAUCAACACCCGCCACACAGUGCUGACAUACUGCUUUUUUUUCUCGAAAAUAAACUUAUGGAAUGAUACCAAGAAUCAAACUGGAGUGUUUUUGUUUUUUUUGUUCGGGUAAUAAAAUUUGUAAAACUCAACUGCCAUUUUUUAAGUGCAUGAAAAAUAGAUUUACUUGUUUUUUGGAGAAAUACUUAUCACUAUUGUGCAAAUAUCUUAUCUUUGUGUAGUUGCCUGAGUGUAUGUAUUAUUCAUCCCAGUGCAUUCAAUUUUAACAUCACAGCAGCAGUCUUUUUCAUAGUUAUAUGUUUCUUGUUAAAUUACAUUUAAUGCCUUGAUUUGCUUUGAAAAUGUUCUUUAAUCUUUAUUCGUUGUAUAAAUAAUAGGAUGCAGGCAACGUCAUCCAUCAUGAUAUCCAACCUGGGAUCCAUUUUCAUGCACAAUGCUGAAUCUAGAAAUAUUUGCAGCAAAAUUGAUGUUUAAAGCUGAGCAGUUUUGCCAAAUGUAGUCUUCCAUUAUGGAUUCAGGAUUGCCAUGCAUUUGUGUGUAAAUCCUCAAAUAGCUUCUGUCAUGUGACUGUGAUGUUGUUGGUUGUGCGGUUUUGUUCUACUUCUCCACUUGAAGCUUCAUUGGUUUAAAAAGUUGUCACAAAACAUUUGACAAUUGUUUCGGAGUUUAUAAGAAGUGGAGCAGAAAACUGACCUAUGUUCUUUUUAAAUGUAGUAACAAUAUGAGCACUUAAGGAAUCUGGAGGCUUAUAAAAGAACAGAGCAAACAUUCACAUGUAGUAGUUGUAUUUAAAUUGCUCAAUGUAUUUAGCUCUCUUUGUCAGUCAAGCCAUGUUUCUUUGCAAUGUACUGUAUUAUGGACUGUAUUUUGUGCUCUAAAUUAUUAAA